GGCUGGCCUCAGUCGCCCGCGACAUUCGGUCCGCGAUACGAUUCGGUUUGCGCGUUCAACUCGAAAUAAAAGAAACGAGAGAGAAAAAGAUAGAUAGAUAGAGUAAAAGGGAGGGUAUCGUAUGCCGGUUCCAGCGAGAAACAGGCGCGCGUUUCGAUAAUCGUCGAGGAAAAGUGUACGUAGAUCGAACGAUUGUGUAAACGUGAAAGAAAUCGAGAUUUAACGUGUUCGGGAUCGGAGCGAAUCCGCUCGUAUCGUUGGGAACGCGCGAUGGAUGCAGGAUUAUCCGAGGGAACGACAGACGAAGGGAAAAGGCGCGAGACGUGAAUGGAAUCGUUGCGAGGUAGCGGUGUUCGACGGUGAAAGAAUUACCGUUGCGCCGACGUUGGCUCGAUUUUCACGAAAUCAAGGAAACUGAAACGCUGCCAAAAACAGCUGCGCCUUCGUGCCUCGAGUUACACGGUUCGCGUCAUCAACAGAUAUUCGUGUUUUCUGCCGUGCCGCGAUAGAACCACGUGGAAUUCGUCCGCGUCGCGGAACCGACCCGAACCGAUCUCGAACGCGCUAUCGCGUGGUCGACAUCGUCGAUCGCUCGUACGCUUGUGUACGCCAACCAUUGAUGUCUCGAUCGUGGCAACGGCGAGUCGCGGAUCAUCGUGAGCCGAGCUGCGCAUCGAUCGCGAUGCAUCGUUGAAGAGGCGCGAAUCGCCGGCGACGAGCAACCGAGCGAGGAACGAUCGCGUGGCUGAGAGAAUAAAUAAUGUAAGCCGUAGCCGAGCGAAGAGAGAAGAGAAAAGCGAGAAGAGAGAAGAGAGAAGAGAGAACGGCUCUGGUAGACGAAAUGACGCGCGACGGGAGACUGUUGCUACUCUUGGUUUUUCUGAUGGCUUACGGUUUGUUCGUGGCCGAGAGUAAGCAUCGUCAGCGCGAGGACACGGCUAGGGAUGCGAGACAUCGGCACAGGCACAGACACGAGUCUUCGACCGGUCGAAAAAAUCGUCACGAUCUGGCCACCGGACGAUCCUCUUGGUCGCGGGAACUCGACUACGUCGACGACUACUCGCUCGUACAUCGAACGGAUCGUCAGGACGAGGAGGAGGAAGACGAGGAGGAAGACGAUUACGAUUACGAUUACGAUUACAACGCUCGAAUCUUUUACAAAAGAUCGUCGAGGCUCGGUAUUCGCGGCCGGACGUUCGCGCCACGCUACCCGGUCAGGUAUCAUUAUCGCGGGGGUUAUCGCGGAACCGGCUGGCACGAGGAGAACGACGAGAGACACAGAGGUUCUCCUCGACACGGCUCGAGAAAUUACGAACCAAGGUCCGAGAGGACCAACCGUAAGCUCGGCUAUUCGAGAAAUCGCGAUUCCGGCUACGUCUCUGAGGAUGACGUGACCGAAAGGGAAACCGAGAGAUCUCGCGGCUCCAACGUGAAAAACGUUAAUAAACAUAAGAUCGAUUCGAAACGUAAUCGUCGAACGGACGGUAAGAACGGAUACCGCGAGGACCAUUCGGAGAUGUGGAGAAGAUUCAACGAUAAGAGAAGGAAAUCGAAUUCCACCACCGAGUUUCGCCUCGCCUUUGAUGACAACAAAACGAGAGACGAGAAUUCUCACGAUUUCGAAUAUCGCACGGACGAUGUCGACCGUGCGAAUAAAGACGAUCAACGAGAAAUGGAGCAGGAGGAAGAGGAACAGGAUGACGUCGACGAUGACGACGACGACGACGACGUCGACGACGAAGACAACGACGGCGAGGUAGAGGACCAAGUCUGGAAAGAAACCGUCGACCAAGUCAGCGAGGAGCUGGACAACGAUUUUUACGAGAGUGAAAAAAAGCCACCUUUGAAAACGUAUGACGAUAUCAUCAGAAGGCUAACGGCCGACGAUACAACGACGCUCAAACCAACGAUUAAGAGAGAGUACAGAAACAUCGAAUUGGAGGAAUACUCGAGACGGGACGCUUUUGGAAAUUUCAAGUACGAACCCAAGAGCCUUUCCAGGUCUAUCGCACGCAAUAAAACGGACGGUUCUCGCUACGUUCAUUCCGGCAAGAAAAUCGUCGAGAAUUCUUACGGCAAACCUUUCGACUCGCUAGCCGAGCGUAAAUUAGUGAAGAAUGUCAGCAGCGUCGCGGCGAAAAUGAUCGAUCGACGGGAGAAGAAAGUCAUCCCAAGGAUCGACGAUGCACGACUCAAGACAAAGAGUCUCGAGCAAGAUUACGACGAGUACUCGAAUAAUCCGGACAACGAGAAGGAGGAGGAUCUUGUCGAGACUGGAGUCGAGGGAGACACGGGCAUGCAGGCGGACGUUACCAAUACGGACUAUACCGAAGAUGACGACGAAGAGGAGACCACGUUCACCGCGUCGAUUUCGACGUCACCGUCGAGUACGACGAGCACGAGUACGACCACGACCACGACGAGCACGACGAGCACCCCUAGAUCAGUGGUCGGACAGAAUUACGAUUACAGAGAUUCGAGGACGUACGAGAGCGGUACCGGGACUCGAUAUAACGGAUACCAAUCGAGAAACGAUUACCCGCCGAUGUCGGCGCAUAGCGUCCACAAGUGGCAGUCUCUGGGCACUCGAGAAAGUGUCAAAGAAACCAGAAGCAACAUGCAACGGUACAACAAAAACGGAAAGACCGCGGAAAUCCGAGAAGCUCUUCAGCAUGCGAUGAAGGUGUCUCGGGAGGGGAGCUGCCAGUGGCCACGACCGAGGGUGAUCCCGGUUCGUGACGCGUACCCGAGUCCAUCGACCACCUACAUUCCACACUGCGUCAUCUUACACAGGUGCUCGGACGACACGGGCUGCUGCAGAUUGGAAGCGCUGACCUGCGUGCCGAAGCACUCGCAUCGCGUCGAGCUCUCCUUCUAUACGACGAACGUGGGUGGCAGCAACGUUGUGGAGAAACUCUCUUUCUACAAUCACACGGAAUGCGAGUGCAAAGAGAGGACCGAGUACGAAACGAACAACGAGAAACCGUUGGAUCAAAGGAUUUACAAACAUUACUACUCCUCCCCGCAACCUCAGAACAUGAGAAGGCCGCAACCGAGAAAACCGUGCCGAUGCCCCUCGGAAUUCACGCCGCGAAUCACGCCGGAGGGCGAGUGCCAGUGCAACUGCUACGAGAACCAUCACAACUGCGUCAAGAUCAGACGAGGAAAGGGAUACUUCUCCCUCGCCGAUAGACUAUGUAUCCAGAACGAAGAGUGCGCGGCGCCUAGCUGCGAGUUUGGCGAGUACAUGAGGCGACAGGGUAAAUGUCCGCGAAAGAAGGACAAAUUUGACGCGAUAGUCAAUUACCGUACGAAUCUGAGCCACCGGUACAGGAGUUAGAGAAACCAGGAGGACGUUGCGAGAACGUGUGCCAAUCGGAAGAAGAUGAACCAAGACGAACGACAAGUGAGAGGUGAACGAGUCGAGAAACGCGACGAAUGCGCGGCGAACAUUCGACGCGACGCGACGCGACGCCGACGGUGCCAUUUUAUUACGAAGUGCCUUUUUACCACAAACUCGUUAUAUGUAUCAUAUACGCACAUGUAUAUCCCCGAAACAGUUACGCAUAGAUGCAUUCUGCUACUUUGAGCGUCGACCUCACGACUAUAUUUCGCUCCCCUUUAUUACUAUUACUACGAUUAUUAUUAUUAUUAUUAUUAUUACUACGAUUAUUAUUAUUAUUAUGUAUUAUUAUUCUUUCUUUUUUAUACUAUUGUUAUCGAUACGAACGCGAACGCGAAUCGAUGACGACCGGUCGACGAGAGACCAGUGAUCGACUGCGCGCAACGGGUAGUGCCAUUUAUCGAGAAGAAUACCAAGAAUCGCAAUUUUUCUGCCGAACCGACUCGGCAAUUUCCCGCGAGAUAAGCCGCGCACUCGUCUCGAUUGUCACACCGUACGGGUAAAAUGAACUUGGACCGUUACUCCCCGACGAUUCUUCUCGAGAGUUUAACGGACUCGCGGACACGCCCUGCGAAACUGUAUAAAGAGAGAAAUCUAUUUUGCGCCAUGAUGCAACCGCCCGCGACGUCGAGGCUCGUAUACCAAAGCGAGGUACAUAACCGCGAUAGAUGAGAGAUAAUUUGCGCGCAAUUAUAUACAAUCGAUCCUUCGAUGUGCUUUACUUUUUUCUUCUUCCUUUUUUACGUUCGCGGCGAGAUCGUCGGAGAACCGUUAGCGACUGCCGCUAAAAAAACGUAUGCGCCGAGCGACGACCGACGACCGACGGCUAAAAUCUGUUCGCGGAAGGUACGGUUUCGGUGUCCAUUCAGGCUUCAAUUGCCGUGAUCGUGCACGGCCUAACGCAAGGAUUCUUAAUUUCUCGUUUGUCGUCCGACCCAUUCCUCUGCCGACAACUAAAAACGAACAAUUUCACCACCGAUCGAACACGGAACCCGUUACUAGAACCGCGGAUCUUUUCGCCAACAAAAAUUCACCGUUUUCAAAGGAAAAGUAAUCUAUCGGUUCCUCCACGGAUUUACCGCGGAAUUCUUGUCCAUUUGUACAGACUAUCAGCAGCGGUUCUUAAAAGAAGCUGUCUAAGUAUACGAGAGAAGAAGAAAAGCUAACCUGUCUGUGACUCGACGUGUGUCCUUCGAAUCCUUACCCACCUCCCUUCCCGAUUCACACUAAUCGUGUUUUCUAUGCUUUUAUACGUAUACGUUAUCGUAAUGUGUAUGCACGUUUUAUAAUAGCUAACGUGGUCGCGAAUCGAUGCGUUACACGCCAUUUACGAACUAUGCGAAAUGCCAUACCACGAUUCGCGUGUAGAUCGAUAUCGCGGAUACGUAACUCUAUUGCUACUUUAGCAACAUUCAUUUUUCGACUUCAUAUUCGGCGAGGUUGUGGUAACGCACGACAUUUCGGGAAUCUCUUGUACAUUCGAUUUUUAUGGCUCGAUGUAUACUCGAAUGCGAUCGCAUACGCAUGCGCAUUACGUUUCGAACGAGACCGUCCGCGUCUGUAGAAUUUCUUGCGUCGAGUAUUCGAUCGUUUGAAUCAUCGCGAGAAUGCGUGGACAUCGUUUAACGUUCAGCUUUAUUUUUUUUCACUUGCUACCAACUUUAGGUAACAUACAUACAUAGAUAUACGUAGGCAGAACAAAUCGAACAGUAAAAUUGUAUAAAGAAAUUCAUGAUUAUCGUUUCAAUAAAAGCGCAACUUAAAUUUAA